UGAGCUAGAAAAGUGCGUUUUAGAAUGAUUAGUGGUGGGCAGCGCAGAGGCAGAUUAUACGGCUCCACACAACUGUUGUUUUAAUCCCCUGGAAGAAGAGAUUUAGCAAGAAAAACCCCAGCCUUUAAACCCAGCAGCCAUAUUGUAUGGAAAAGCGACGGGAAGACUCUAAUUUUCAGAAGAAAAAAAAAAAAAAACUCCGCUCCUCAGAGACCUGCAGGAGUUUGGGGGAGUUUUAAAUUUCCUUUCACAGGUUGUUGGGUUUCUGCUGCACAGCCUAGCUCUGCAGCUGGCUGAGGAAUCCAGGCGCUGGGAAUAGUUUUCCAACCAAUUUGUUGGUGCAAUAUUGGUGUUGUCUUUUUGGAUUUGAACUGUUAUAUUACACAACUAAUAAUGAAGGACCGAUUGGAACAGCUGAAAGCGACUUGUGAUCAAGAUGAUGAGGAGGUGGAGAUCGCUGUGGACAACGCAGCCUUCAUGGAUGAGUUCUUCUCUCAGAUUGAAGACAUCAGGAACAGUAUUGAUAAAAUUGACGAGAACGUGGCUGAAGUCAAAAAGCUUUACUCGGUCAUCCUGUCGGCUCCCACGUCGGAUCAAAAAACACAGGAUGACUUGGAAUCUAUCACUAAUAACAUAAAGAAGAUGGCCAACAAUGCAAGAAACAAACUCAAGACCAUUGAGAGAAAUCUGGAGUCGGAGCAGCAGGAGAGGGUGUCAGCUGAUAUGCGGAUACGUAAAUCGCAGCAUGCAGUGCUGUCCAGGAAGUUUGUUGAGGUCAUGACAAAGUAUAACGAAGCUCAGGUGGACUUCAGGGAGAGGAGUAAAGGACGUAUUCAGAGACAACUUGAGAUAACUGGACAAGCGAAGACAGAUGAAGAGCUGGAGGAGAUGUUGGAAAGUGGAAAUGCUGCCGUUUUCACUGCUGGGAUUGUGGACUCUGGGAUCUCAAAACAAGCUCUGAGUGAGAUUGAAUCCAGGCAUAAAGAUAUUGUCCGUCUGGAAAGUAGCAUCAAAGAGCUGCAUGACAUGUUUGUAGACAUCGCCAUGCUGGUGGAGAGCCAGGGGGAAAUAAUUGACAACAUAGAGCAGAAUGUAUCCCAGUCAGUGGAUCACAUUAUUAAGGCGAAGGAGGAGAUUAAAAGAGCUGAAAGGUACCAGAGCAAGGCCCGCAAGAAAACUGUGAUUAUAGUGGUGGUUGUGGUGAUCUUACUGGCAUUGAUAGCGCUCAUAAUCGGGUUGUCAGUAGGAUUGAAAAAAUGAGGAGCUGUUUGACUAAAAGAAGAGAUGUUGAAGAUGAUCUUCAUCGGUGUGUGCUGUGCUGUGGUUUUAGUCAUCAUCCUCAUUAUCAUCCUCACUCAGACACUAUGAUGGGACCGCUGGAUCCCUGCCAUCAUCAUCAUGUGUUUUCUUCACCCAGAUCGUCCAUUUUGUUUCAUCAUCUGCUCAAAAAAAAAAGGAUUCAAAUUCCUGCGUAUGGAUCAGAGCUGCUGGUGUUAAAAAAAAAAAGGGGGAAGAUGAUCUUUUGUGACUUCUUCAGUUCCAGACAAUCUACGGACGCUCUGAUGAGGAAAUGAGAACUGCAAUGCGGCUCACUACCUGCUUACACCUCUGUGGAAGCAACAAAAAGGGAACUGGGAAAAUAACUGACUGUUUCAUCACCUCUCCAACACCAAACAUUUCAUUGUUUUUAACAUUUGAUGCCAAAGUUGCACCCCUGUGUGUGUUUGUCCUAAGCUGUUCUUUAAACCAUGCAGGAGCACAUACACACAUACACACCCCCACCCCCAGAUCCACUCUUCUUGCCUUAAUGAGCCUUGACACAUAUUACUACUUUAAAAGCUACUGAAUGUUUGCUUCUCCAGGUUAUGGUUGUUUUUAGAGAGUUCCAGCACUUUCACUGUUAAAAAUAUUGAAUUAAGCUAAGGUUUACGUAAUUAUAUUGUAAAUAACAGAAGUCAUAUUUGUGCACUGUUGACAGUCUUGUAAGAAAAUGUUCUUUUUCAAAUAUGAAGGACGACACAUUUCAGCAACAUUUGAAAGAAAAGACUAACAAGUAAUCCAUUGUCUUGAGAAGGUGCCUUAAAUUUAAUGUUGGCAAAUGGACUGUAAUAGAAACUGUUAAUGUGCUACCAAAGAGUUUGCAGACUUGAAUUAACACUAGUAAAUAUUUUUUUGAUUUAAGAAGUUUUUACAUAAAAGGGACAAUUAAAUCAUAAGGAAAGUAACAGCUCUUUUUAGGUGUAUUAAGUGAUUGUUUCCUCUGUAAACGUAAAGCUAAGCUGCCAGUUUAUGAAGUGCAUCCAUUCAAUUUUCUGUUAGAAUGAUGUCCAGAGCCAUUUUUCCUUCAUGUUUAUACAAUUAUUUUGUCAUCAUAUAAUUUACAAAGACUUCAAUAAUCAUUUUUAAUUAUAUAUACAUGAAUUGAAAUGAAAAAGUAACAUUAUGGAGCUUUUAUUUUAAUUUUAAAUAUUGUAUAAUGAGGUGAACUUCAUAAGCUGGUAGUUAAGUAGCAUUUUUAUUGGGCACCAUUAUUUUUUCUCUGUAGAUAAUAUUGCAGUCUGACAGUUUACAAAACAUUACAUUGGCUUUAGCACUUACGGUAAAGAAGGUGGUUGUGUGCAUAUAAAGGCGAGAUGUCAUUUCAGUCAGUCAACAGGAGCCAAAGCAUUUUCUUUCUUUACAAGAUUCUGUGUCUUUACACUUUCAGGAAAUACUUGAAAUCAGCGUCCAGCAUGAUUUUUGUGGCCAUGCAGGUCACCGAAGGAAGAGUGGGGAAAAUUUAACCUUGUUGCACAUUUCUUAUGUCAAAUAUUUCAAAAGAAUUAAAGAUUUGUUUUUUUCUUA